GAGCAGCCCCGCCCCUGUCGGCGGAGGGAGGUGACCGCCCGCUGCCGGUCCGGCGGCUACCUCAGCACUUCCGGGUCGGGGGAGGGGCGGGGCGGAGCGAGGAGGCGGUGGGUGCGUGACGUUGCCGGAGGGCUCCGGGGCCGCUCGGCGCCUGUUUAUUGUUCUCGCCGCCCGUUCUUCCCGCCGCCGCCUUUGCCUUCCCCGCCGCCUCAAGGGAGAGGCCGGGAAGGCGCUCAGCCACCGAGUCAGCCCGCCGGCGGAGGGGGCGGAGCGCCAGCCCUGACAGCGGGGGCGGGGGGAGCGCGCCCGCGCGUCACGAAGGAGACAGCGAGAGCCGGGGAGCCGGGGAGCGGGCGGCCAUGGCCUACGCCUAUCUCUUCAAGUAUAUCAUCAUCGGGGACACAGGUGUUGGGAAAUCAUGUUUAUUGUUACAGUUCACAGACAAGCGAUUUCAGCCAGUCCACGAUCUCACUAUCGGUGUAGAAUUUGGGGCUCGAAUGAUAACUAUUGAUGGAAAACAGAUAAAGCUUCAGAUAUGGGAUACGGCAGGACAGGAGUCCUUCCGUUCCAUCACAAGGUCAUACUACAGAGGGGCAGCAGGGGCUUUACUAGUGUAUGACAUUACAAGGAGGGACACUUUCAACCACUUGACGACUUGGUUAGAAGAUGCUCGUCAGCAUUCCAAUUCCAACAUGGUUAUAAUGCUUAUUGGAAAUAAAAGUGAUUUAGAAUCUAGACGAGAAGUCAAGAAAGAGGAAGGUGAAGCAUUUGCACGAGAGCAUGGACUUAUCUUUAUGGAGACAUCUGCCAAAACUGCUUCCAAUGUAGAGGAGGCAUUUAUUAACACUGCAAAGGAGAUCUAUGAGAAGAUCCAGGAAGGAGUUUUUGACAUUAAUAACGAGGCAAAUGGCAUCAAAAUUGGCCCUCAACAUGCUGCUACUAAUGCAACACUUGCAGGCAAUCAGGGAGGACAACAAGCUGGAGGAGGCUGCUGUUGAGCCUGUUUUUACUUUCUAGCUGCCUGGAUGGGGCCUACUAACUUGUUUGUUCACCCUUCCCUUCCCCCCACCCUGCUCGCCUCCACUUCAAUUCGACUGAGACAUGAAACUUGUAAGUUGGUUUCCUGUUGCAGAAGAAGACUUUAUCCUUCAAAUUCUUGUAUAACUUUGAAUAAAUGGUUAAUGUUCACUUAAAGACAGAUUUUGGAGAUUGUAUUCAUAUCUAUUUACAUUUGAUUUCUAGGUCAAUUGAUGUGAUUAUUUUUGUUAAAUGUUGUCUUGUGCCCUUGACUACGAACUGAACUGUAUUAAACACUACAAAGUCAUCUGAGUAUUUUAAUCAGUUUGUGUAGUUAGGUUUCCCAGCUUCUGCGGUUACCUAAUGUUUAAUAUUGUAGAGCUGUCCUCAAGUUUUUUGUCAAUUUUCAAGGCUACAAAGAGAAGCGGAAGGACUCUUUUAAUUCUGUAUUUAUCACUUUCUGUAUAUAUAGUUUAAUAACCUGCUUGGGUGUACUUGCCAAGCUAGAAUUCUUUAAUGCAUUUGCAUAAAUUCUAUACUACUUAGAGCUUGAAAACUACAGAAGCAUUAAUAGAAGUUGCUUGGACGCUAAAUUUUAAGCCUUUUUGACAUUGUUAGCAUGUUCAUCCUCCCCUGCCAUUAUCCUGAAGUCCAAGAGAAAUGCUUAAUGUAUAUUACUAGAGGCUACAUACGUGCUAUCUAUUUUAAUGCCAAAUGUUUGCUGUUUGUCCACAAUUUCCACAGCACCUCUUCAGAAAUGGAUUAGCUGUUUGCCUUAACAAAUAUUAUAGGUCAAAACAGAGCGUGAAUGAAAAGUAGAGGAGGAGUUGAUAAAUUUAAAAUGGCACAUUAUAAAAACGGUAAUCUUUUCUUAAUGCUUUUUUCUUGUUUACCACUUGAUUUCUAGGUAUAUUUUUCAUGCAAGGACAGUUUUUCAACCUAAAUGUACAGUGGUUGUGUAAAGUUUUCUUUUAGUGACAACUUGUAAUCCUAAAUAUGGUAAGCAUCUUGUCUAUUGUGAAGAGGGUGUGAAAAUAAAAUCUACCAGUUUGGAAAUCUUGAUGAAAAUCAAAACUAGAAAUGCUUUUGGUACUUAUUAUGGUGGUGGUUGGGGGCGUGGGGUUGUUUUGCCUCAGAUGAAAAGGUUGCAAUGGUACAAAACAAAAUUCUGUGUUUAUUUGUUGAAGUACAGAAUAUUCACGCAACUUUCCCUACAAAUGAGGAAACAACUGAGUUUCCACCACAUCCUAUUUAUAUAAACUGAAGAUAAAAUUCUAGGUCAUGCUUCAUAUAUCUAAAAAAAAAAAUUUUAAAAAGUGGAAGGGACUUUUGUGUUACUGGACCAAUACUGACUGCAACAUAACACUGGGAGACAUAGAUCCUUAUAUAAUCCAGACUUAUUGUCAGAACUUUAACAUCAGAAGGUCAUAAACUUCCUGACAGUUACAACAUAGCAGCAGCUCUGACUAAAUAGAGUUUAAAAUACAUGUGGAACCUUUUGUUUGUAUCUGGGGGAAGGGACAACUGAUAAGGAUUUAUGUCAGUUGCCAACUUCAGAUCUUUUCUUACACAUUCAGGAGCAUUAUAAGCAAUGCAAUAUAAUUGUUUCAUCUACUUAAAUUCUAAAGAGGGUGCUCAAUUUAUGUGCUUUCAGCUGUUAACUGUUUAGUACAUGAUGUUUGCAUUUAUAAAAGUGGACUGGUUGAAGUUUGAAAAUUGUGUAACUAUAAAACCAUAGGACUUAAUUGCAUUGAUGCUGAGGGAAAACUGGAUUGUAGUAACUAGCUGCUCACAAGAAGGAACAAACAAACAAGAGUACGUGCUUGAAUUAACUGCUUGAAGAUUUUUUGGAACUGGCAACAUUGCAGAACUGCACUGCUUGAGAUGAGAGGGGAGACAAGCACAGUCUUCAGUAGCAGCUUCAGCUACAUUAUGAAUGGGAGUAAAUUUCACUUAGCCAUAAAAAAAUUGCCCCUGGUCAGGGAGCAGAGGAGGGGAAUAUGUACCCUAUCCUGAGAAGGACAAAAAUGUAUGCUGUAUUAAGUGGUUGGUGAUGAUUUAGAAAGCCACUGGUUUUCUGAAAGCAUGGAGAAUGUAUAGAAUUAUGGAACUGACCAGGAAUCUAGGGUUAUUACAGCAAGGAGUCACUGUCACUUGUGGGUUUUGGGGUUUUUUGUUUGGUUUUUUUUUUGGAGAGGGAGUGAAGGGUAGGAGAAAUGUGCUUACCAUAGUGAUGGGCAUGAUGUGCAUAUGGAUUUUUGAUCCUGCUGGCUGGCCCUGGCUUAUAUGCCAUUUUUACACUAGGCAUUAUAUAAGUCUGGUCCUUUCAAAGAGGACAUAAAGGAAAACUUAAGUUGUGGUUCAUUCUGCCUGGCUUUUUGUCACUAGCUUUAUGUAUACAUAAUCCUUUUGUUGCCAGUUAGGAAUAUGUGUUUUAGUUGUCUUUUGAGAAGCCAUGGAUCUACUUUUAUCCUAUUAGAAUCUGUAAACUAUACAGCAUAAAACCUAGCAUGUGCUUCACAAGUUUAUUCCUGCACAGAUUAGGGUUUUAUUUGUACAUGACCGACUGAUAACUUGCCUAGUAGAAUUCCUGCUACUUUUAUUGGUUGCAUUUUCAUAACCAACGAAUUAAACCAUUUUGUUAUUCCCCAGCAACUUGUACAGCUGUUAUAUGUACUGUAAGACUUACCAUACCACUUACUGCACAUACCAAGGUGCAGUUGUCCUGUACUCCCAGUUUAGCACAUGGUAUAAACCAUAGUUAAUUUACAAGAGUACUUUUAGAGUGACAGAGCAUCUUGGCAGGAUUUUAAGACUUGUCUCUCUUCUACUUAAAAUGAGAUGAUCUGUACAUUUUGUCAGUCAUUUAAGAGAAAUUAAUACACAUACCCCACAAUCAUAUGUGUGUUUCUGUGGACUUGCACAAGAAUAAAUCAGAAUUAUUCAAGAUCAGACUCAGCAGUGACUUAAGGUAAAUGACUGCCAAAAUACUCAUCAAUAUGCUAAAAUAAAAAGGGACUGUCUGAAACCUGUAGCAGACAGCAUGUGCUCCCUCCCCUGCUCCAGAGCUAUCCAUGUCUCUUCUGCUGUGUUAUGCUUUUUGUGACACUUCUUUCAUUGUGUUGCUGACUUGAUGAAGAGUGCCUUCAACUGCAAUAUUUAUAUAUUGGUCAGGUUUGAAGGGCACCAGUUAGUUUUAGGUUAAAUGGUAUACUUUUAAGAUUGGAAAGCAAUUUCUGCCUUACAAGUUUACCUGUGACUAUUAAAGAGUCCUAAAGCUGUUCUUGAGAAGAAAAUAAAACCUCCAUUCAGGCUCUAAGUUAUAGUUAAACUGAAUCUGAGUGCAAAAAUGUGUAUUAAAAAACCCACAACCUUUAGAAUCUUGGAAUCACAGAAUGGUUUGAGUUGAAAGGGACCUGAUCAUCACAUUCCAGACCCCCCUGCAUGGGCAGGGAUAUCUCCCACUAGACCAGGUGGCUCAAAGCCCCAUCCAACCUGGCCUUGAACACUUCCAGGGAGAGGACAUAAAAAUACUGUGAGACAAUUUUUGGCAUUAAAGUUUUUUUCAUAAAGUAAUCAUUCUAAAUGAGGCACCCCAGUGUGCCUGCAUUAUUCUCCAAGUUGGUACCAGUGGGCUAUUGCUUUUGUAAGUGCUGAAGCCUGAUUCUUCUUGGUGGACUAUUAUUUUGACACUGCAGACUGUCCCACAACUUUCUUAGAUUUUUUUUGUUGGUUUUGGUUGUUUCAGUUUUUCCCCUCCUAAAUCAAGUUUCUCUUGUAUAUUAUUUAUUUUUUGUACUGUCUGUUCUGGGAUGCAAACUGUAUGGAGUGAGUGAAGUGCUGCUCUCCAUCUUUACCAUUCCAUGUCCAUUGUAUGUCCAUUUCAGAGAAUUUGUCCAAUAUGGAACAUAUGCUUUGGGGGUGAAAGGUUGGGCAGAGCGAGAGACAAUAUCUUACUGCAUGAUCAGAAAAUCAUGAGGGAAGUAUUGCAUGAGUUCUGUUACUUGUUACACCUACCAUGGGAACUGUUUUGCAUCUGGGGGGUGGUGGGGAUAUGAUUUGCCUAUUAUUCUUCCACCUAUUGAAUGGGAGGAGAAAGGGGAGAAGGAGAAGGCUGACAGGUUUUAUUUGGAUAUCUUAAUAAAUUUGUUUGCUGGUAUCAUA